AUGAUGACGUGUCGGCUGGGCUCGCGGCGGCUGGGCGGGUCGCGCGGUUCGCUGCAGGGCACCGGAUGUGCCGCCAGCGAGCUGGACCUUUCCACACGCUCGCGACGAUCCCACAAAGCGAGAUUAAAACUGUUGGGUGCAAGCGGCGAGGCGCCACUGCUCAGCGGUUGGAGGAGCACGCCGCACACGCCAGCCACGCCCGCGCCCCACCACUCGCAAAACCACCUCGCCACGCCGCAUUGCAACGGAACUGAUAGUGGCAGCAGAGGGGGUCUGAGGAGACGGUCGACUUACACCAGCGGGCGGUUACGCUCCGGGGCGCACUGGUCCUUUGUUUUCGACCCAGCUGGCCGCCUCUGCUACUACUGGUCCAUGGUCGUUUCCCUCGCCUUCCUAUACAACCUAUGGGUCAUCGUUUAUAGGUUCGCCUUCCAAGAGAUCAAUGGCGAGACGUUGAUAGUGUGGUUCUGUUUGGACUACUUUUCGGAUUUCCUUUACCUCGCGGACAUUUUAUUUCAUUUCCGAACGGGCUACCUGGAAGACGGCGUGUUGCAGACGGACGCGGCGAAGCUGAGGGCUCACUAUAUGAACUCGACCACGUUCUACAUCGACUGCCUGUGCUUGUUGCCGCUCGACUUCCUCUACCUAUCCAUCGGGUUCAACUCCAUCUUGCGUUCCUUCCGUCUCGUCAAGAUCUACCGUUUCUGGGCGUUCAUGGACCGCACGGAGCGCCACACGAACUAUCCUAACCUGUUUAGGUCGACCAGUUUAAUACAUUAUUUGUUAGUGAUAUUCCAUUGGAAUGGGUGCUUGUACCAUAUAAUAUAUAAAAACAAUGGAUUUGGUAGUAAAAACUGGGUGUAUCAUGACACUGAAUCGGCUGACGUGGUGAAACAGUACCUCCAGAGUUAUUAUUGGUGCACGUUGGCGCUCACCACUAUUGGGGAUCUCCCGCGACCGCGCAGUAAAGGGGAGUACGUUUUUGUAAUAGCUCAGUUGUUAUUUGGACUAUUACUCUUCGCAACGGUGUUGGGGCAUGUGGCCAACAUCGUCACCUCGGUUAGCACCGCAAGGAAGGAAUUUCAAGCUAAACUGGAUGGCGUGAAAACUUACAUGCGCAUGAGGAGAGUGCCAACGCAUCUGCAAGUUAAAGUGAUAAAAUGGUUUGAUUACCUUUGGCUCACUCAGAAGUGCUCCGACGAGGAAAAGGCUGUCUCCUGCCUCCCAGACAAACUCAAAGCGGAAAUUGCCAUCAACGUCCAUCUUGACACGUUGAAGAGGGUGGAGAUUUUCCAGAACACAGAGGCGGGUUUUCUAUGCGAGCUUGUCCUUAGACUGCGGCCCGUGCUAUUUUCACCAGGCGAUUAUAUUUGCAGGAAAGGCGAAGUCGGGAAGGAAAUGUACAUAGUGAAUCGAGGCAAGCUUCAGGUAGUAGGGGACAACGGGAAGACGGUGUUGGCAACACUAAAAGCGGGUUCUUAUUUUGGCGAAAUAUCCAUUCUGAACAUGGGCACGGCAGGCAACCGGCGGACAGCGUCGGUGCGUUCCGUGGGCUACUCGGACCUGUUCGUGCUCAGCAAGAAGGACAUGUGGGAUGUCCUCAAAGAGUACCCCGCCGCCAGGGUCCGGCUCGAGGCCAUCGCCGUCAAGAGACUUGAGAAAUACAAGAAGGCCCCACUCGAAAAAGUUGCAAUGGGACGCUGCCAAUCAACGCCGGGAUUGGUAGAAACUAGUGGACGUAUCCCGAUUGAGGAUAUGCACCUACCACCCAAUCCAAUUCCUCCACCUUUACAGUCUUCUCACCCACCGUCUUACCGGGACCAGCUUUAUAGUUCGUCGGUGAGCCCGUUGCGGGUAGCGUCGCCGGUUGCGUCGUGCGCAUCGAGCGCCAGGAGCAGCGCAGCGGGCGGCGGCAGCGUCGCGGCCGGCAGCACAGCGCCGCGCGUGCUUCUCGACUCGCACGAAGUCCUCGAAUGCGAGAUCAAGAGGCUGCGCGAGAGACUCUACACGGUGGAGACGGAGAACGCCGCGAUGUCCGCCAAGCUGAGCCAACAGCAGUGGGAGGUCGAUCAGAGGUUACAAGAAAUAGAAUUGCAAAUUUGCGGCGGCAGCUCCUUGAGCUCCCAAGAGGAUAACGAGCGGAAUCGCGAGAGCAUUAUU